AUGCGGCGGCCGGUUCCCGCGCGCGGCCGUUGGGGGGAAGGCGGCGGGAAGAUGGCGGCGGCGGCGGAGCGGGGCCAGGCCCGAGAUGUUCCCCCACUGGCGAGAAGAAGAUCCGACCGGCUGUCAGCGACAGAGAAUGAAGAAAGCUUGGUUCCGGCUGUCAAACAUUCCAUUGUUUUGAAGAAGAUCAAGCCCCAGAGAAAGCUCACUGUGGGCACCACUGCAACCCCAAGGCGAAGCCCUCGGGUUUCGGCCGAGGCGGUGAAAGAAAAUGUCUGCCGUGUCUCUGCUGGGUCAGGGGCCCCUGAGGGACAGGUCUCGCCCUCACUGCCUGUCACCGCAACCCCUUCCGCCGAGGACUCUGACCUGCUGCUGGACACACGGCUGCCGAGUGACCGGGACUCGGUGAUGUCCCACAAGGUGCGGCGUUCCUACAGCCGGCUGAGCCCCUUCGGCACGCAGGCCGGCAACGCCAGCGACGGCUCCGACACGUCCACGCCCAACCAGUGGCACCCGGCGCGCCGCUCCUUCUUCGGCUUUGAGAGACUCCUGGCCACCGAGGCCCUGCCGGCCAUCUCACCGGUGAAGUCCGCCAGCCCCAGGGAUAAACCUGCGGGGCUGCCGGCUCCUGGCAGCGCCGCCUGCGUGCCGCCGGGCGCCAUCCCUGGUGUUGCUGCCGCCAAGGAGAAGAGGAAGAAGCGGAAGGUGGCUCAGAUCGAGAAGUCUGCACUGGAUGAGUGGGCUGCUCAGAUGAAUGCCAGCUUUGAAGAGGCAGAACGCUUCGAUUUGGUGGUGGAGUGACGUGGAUUCCAGUUCUCUUUUUAAAACUGCAUAGAAUCUGCCAUGAGCAGACGUUCUUGUGGAUAUAAAAACUAGGUUUCGUAGUAACGACGAUCCUGAGCCUGGAUCAAAGAUUAUCGGAGAAGCAAAGAACCCUUCACCCAGUAGUUGUAGGAAUGUAGAGGACUAUGGAGAUUGUUGUGAUUUUUGCCAGGGGCGGUGGUCCCACUACAACUUCCAUUCUGUGGGGUGACUGGCUACACUAAUGCCAUUUUCAAGCUGUGCCCAAAUACUACGACCAAUGUGUCUGAUUAUCCACUGCUCCAGCCUGCCAGUCCAGCUGUUAGCACUCUGAUUUUGGUGGGGUCUUUUCCCUUUUUGCAUCCCACCCUGGCAGGAAGGGUAGACGGGAACUGUGGCUGGGCCUGUCACUCUGUCCCCGUAUCAUCAUUGUCUUCUGCAGCUUUCGCCAGCCCCCCUCAGUCCCCCGAACACAAACACUGGCAGCACACCAGCAGCCACCAAAGUUCGUGAGAAGCCAGUUGGUGAUUUGAUAGCAGGUGAUCUGCCCCUCUUUCUGGCUCUCACCUCUGCCAGCUCACUCGUGUUUUAUUCUUGAAGUGUCUUUUCUUUUAUAAAUCAUUGGUGAGAAAAUUAAUUGUAAUUGUGGGCUCGGUCUAGAAAAUAAUCAAUGGGCAGUGUUGUGCAUUUUUAAAAUCAAAGUAAGGAGAUUAAUCUGUAGUAAAAUGAGACAAAGAUGUCUCUCUCAAUCCCAGAGUAGGUUAUCCUUUCACUGCUGGGUGACCUGUUGUACAUAAAGUUGUUACUCCUGCACCUGACGCAUGCUGACACUGUAGUCACACUUUGCAAUUGAUGCAAUGCACACGCACUCAGCAAUAUGUGUGCACGCAGUCUGAUUCAGGUUCAUUUGCUGAAUAAUGCAGUUGACUCUCCACCCACUCUGUAAGCUAUCUGCAAUCCCUGCAGCAUGAUCACACACUGAUGGUAAAGCAUGCCUCGGGUGAAUUGCCACUGCUGAACAUAAUCAGGGGAAAUUAUCAGUGUCACGAAACUCACUAUUGAUUGAAUAACACAAACAUCCGGCCGCCAGGUUAAGUGCGUGUGCCAUCAAGUCCACAGCAACACCGCCAGCAUUGUGUGUGUUGUCAGCUCGGAUUUCACCAAAGCUUGGUGACGAGUCAGAAGCUCACAGUAAGUGAACUGUGGAAAAAACCUACCUCUGGCAGCACAAACAUUAUUCUUGUUCCUUUGAUAGAGAAGUUCUUGUCACUGGACACAGCAGUGGUCCCUGUGGGUGAACAUUAAAUGUGUGUGCUUUCAUGUGUUUCAAUUCAGCAGUGGGCUGUGUGAGGGAGCCCCUUCCUCCGGUAAUCAAGAUGUUCUACAAAACAGUCCAUCUAUUGCUUUUAUGUCUUUUGUGAUUGAACUGAAAUACCCCUGUUGAUAAAUAACCUCAGUUAUUUCAAAGCACAACUGCAGACUUAACUUGGCAGUCUAGGCGAACAUUUUAUCAGCCUGCUCUGUGUCCUGGCUCAACAUGUGCGUUCCUAUUCUGCCCUGUAUUGAAGUGGAGGUGUAUAUAUAGCAGCACACAGCAGAUAUCACUCUGUAACAGAUGCCUCGUUUUUUGACACAACCCUACUGGUUGGGAAAAGUCCUCUGCACUCAGUAAUUGUAUAAAUAGCUAGACUCCUGUUAUAUAUCUGUUUAGGUCACUGGUCUUAUGGGGAAGUGCCAUCUCUGAGCAUUACCACAGGAGAUCCAUUUACAUUUUGGAUGUCAGCUAAUACCAUGGCGGUUAUAUUUGUGUGUUCAUUGAUUAAGCAACUAAUAAAUGAUUCAAAAUAA